AUGAGUGGCUAUCGCAAUUUACACCGCGAGCAGAUUGAAUCGACUGCGAUUUGGGACGUUGCGACGAGUCCUCUGCUGCUGAGCACCACGAAACGAGAUGGCUGCUAUCGAAUCUGGACGGCAUCGGCCGAUGGGUUGGUGAGAUUGUACUACGUGCACGAAAAGACUGUGGAAGAAAAGCAGCAAUCGUCGGUCUUGGAUGCGUCGGCACUGUCCAUGACGUGUACUCAUAUAUUACUGGGAUCGACGCAGAAACCACAACAAGCAGGAAUUUCGGCUCUUGGCUGUACAACCGUAUGCGCGGAGCGAAAUUACGUGGGUGAAGAUGACACUGCCGGUGAUCUCGUAGUGGCUUCUUUGGGCAUGUCGGGAGUUGUGCGGAUAUGGUCUUUCUCCGAGAAUGCCGAUGCCGAUGUAGUUCUGUCGGACAAUCAACCACAAAAAGAAGUCAAAUGCUUGCAGGAAUUCACAGUGGAGAAUGCCACUGGCACUGUCAUGAUGAUUUGUCCACCACGAGUAUGGACUACAGCGGGGACAACUGAUCUCUGUGUGGCUGUGGCUUGCCUGGAUGGAACUGUGGCUCAAGUUGCCACUGGAAUUGCCACGCCGUCGCGAGUGCCAGACCAAAAGGAAAAGGAACCCACGGCUGCUGGAACAGUGCUGGAUCGACGGGGGAGUCAAGGAUCGGCAGUACCGCUAUCAAUUGCCAGUCACCCCAAAGCACCUGUUGUGGCAGUGGGAAGACAGGAUGGUCAAAUUGAUAUUCUGACUAGUAGCAGCAGCAGCACUCUACAACAAACAACUGCUGAUGAUGCACGACAUCGGCGGCAUCGAUUACGACUUCCUGGACAUGACAUCGGACGCGACAACAACAACAGUGGUCUGGCCAUUCGGGCCGCUGCCUACACUCCUGAUGGGAACAUGUUGUGUGCCGGAAAUGAUGCUGGCGCACUUGCCGUCUGGGAUGUAAAUCGCCCCGUUUCGCCCAUGUUGGCCCAUUACGUUCAAACAGCUCAUGCGAGUUGGAUCCUGGAUCUUGUCGCCUUGCCGGACAGUGAGAGAUUUGUUACUUGUGGAGCUGACCGGAAGAUGCAUGUCUGGAAAUUAGAUCAAAUGUACCAACCUGUCCACAGUUUUGACUCGGAUCAGACAGUUUGGACGAUGGCUGUCCAAUCCAGAGGCCACGGCGCAUUCGACAAAAACAAGACCAGAGCCACACUGAGAAUGGCUGCGGGAACGGAAACUGGACGGAUGCAAGUUCUAUCGCUAGACUAG